GCCGUGCCGGAAGCGGGCGGGAGGCGGCGGCCGCCCCUCGCCGCCAGCCGGUCCGGGCCGUCCCCGCCGCCAUCGCCGCCAUGGCCGGCGGCAGCUCCGCCGCCGAGUGCCUGCGGGAGUGGGAGGAGCUGCAGGACGGCUUCCAGCGCAUCCAGGACAAUCACAAGCUCUACAAGCAGAAGCUGGAGGAGUUAACCAAGCUCCAGGAUGGGAUCUCCAGCUCCAUUGCACGGCAGAAGAAGAGGCUGAAGGAGCUGUCCUUGUCCCUCCACAAGUGCAAAGGGCAGGGGAGCCCUGAGCAGGAGGAGUCCCUCAGGGAGACCCAGAGCCUGAUCAAGGAGAGGCAGAACGUGUUCUUUGAGAUGGAGGCCUACCUGCCAAAGAAGAAUGGGCUGUACCUGAGUCUGGUGCUGGGGAACGUGAACGUCACCCUGCUCAGCCAGCAGGCCAAGUUUGCAUACAAGGAUGAGUAUGAGAAGUUCAAGCUCUACCUCACCAUCAUCUUACUUAUUGUCUCCUUCUCCUGUCGGUUCCUCUUCAACUCCAGGGUGACAGAUGCUGUCUUCAACUUCCUGCUGGUGUGGUACUACUGCACCCUCACCAUCCGGGAGAGCAUCCUCAUCAACAACGGCUCCAAGAUCAAGGGCUGGUGGGUGUUCCAUCACUACGUCUCCACCUUCCUCUCCGGGGUCCUGCUGACCUGGCCGGAUGGACUGAUGUACCAGAUGUUCAGGAACCAGUUCCUCUCCUUCUCCAUGUACCAGAGCUUGGUGCAGUUCCUGCAGUACUACUACCAGAGCGGCUGUCUGUACCGGCUGCGGGCGCUGGGCGAGAGGCACAACAUGGACCUGACCGUGGAGGGCUUCCAGUCCUGGAUGUGGAGAGGCCUGACCUUCCUGCUGCCCUUCCUCUUCUUUGGGCACUUCUGGCAGCUCUACAAUGCCCUCACCCUCUUCAACAUGCUGCAGCACCCCGAGUGCAAGGAGUGGCAGGUCCUGAUGUGUGGCCUCUCCUUCCUCAUCCUCUUCCUGGGGAACUUCUUCACCACGCUGCGUGUGGUGCACCAGAAGCUCCAGGACAAGAAGGACUCCAAGCAGAGCUGAAGGGGGCAGGCUGGGGCCCAGGACUUGC